AUGCCUCCCAGAAAUGCUUUAGAAAGGACAAGUCCUGUACAGAUCGCCACCACUCUACGUAUAAUAAUCGAACAGUCACUGGAGUGGCAGUCAACACUGUAUCUGAACUUCAUAGACUUUGAAAAGGCCAUUGAUAGUGUUGAUAGAAAAUGGACUGGGUCAUGCAGAAGACAACUAAAGAUAAUAGUAAGAAAGGAGUCCAGUGAUGAACUUUCACUCAGUGUUUGGAAGGCCUCGACUUUGCAGACGAUCUAUGCCUCAUGUCUCAGAAGUAUGAGAAUAUGCAGCUCAAGACAAAUACGCUUGCAAAAGAAGCAGCAAAGACAUGCAGGUCUAAAGGUGAACAUCGAAAAGACACAGGUAAUGCAGCUCCACAACAAACAGCAAACACCAGUAACGCUUGGAGAGCACAACCUUAAAGAUGUAGACUCCUUUACAUACUUGGGCAGCAUCGUCACAGCCACUGGUGGAACAGAUGAAGACAUAAAAGCAAGAAUUAAUAAAGCAAGACACGUCUUCAUCACCCUCAAGUCUGUGUGGAGUUCAACAGCACUGUCCACACGCAUAAAAAUCCGGAUCUAUAACACCAAUCACAUAGAAAGUGGCGGUGAAUUGCACAUACCCUCCGAAAACCAUCAGGAGACAUUACACUCCACACAGUGGAACCCCCAAGGAGUUGAGCGUCCCAGGAAAACUUGGCGAAGGUCAUGUGAAGAGGAGAUCAGGCAAUGUGGACAUACCUGGGAACAACCGAAAAAGGCUGCCCAAAACAGGGUGCGAUGGAGAACUGUUGCCGAGGCCCUGUGUACCACCAGGAACCAAAAGGAACCAUGA